AUGCACAGUCCCAGCUCCCCAAUCUGUCAGUCUGAGACCACUGCCCUUCCCGUCUUGAGCAUCACACUGACAGCGGCACAGUACACGCGUGUUGACGUACCUGGCUAUGGCAGCGUGUUUCUAUCAGACUCAGUCCGUCGGUCCUGCUACCUCCCAUUCUGUAGACGGAGCACUAACAACCUUGUCGGAAAGGAGUCUACCUCGACCUUUGGCAUUGAACCGCCGAAACUCGACUACUUUAGCGAUCAGUCCAUAGUUGUCUCCGUCGUCAGCCUGCUGAGCCCCAGAGGCGAGGACACUGUGGGGGAAUUGCAUGUUGAUCUCGUGCCGCAGCAAAGCACGCCUGGUCAGAGUACCGAGCCUGUUUCCCUGCUCUGA